CAAAAACAUUAGAUUUUUUAAUGAUAUGGAUGUAAGAAGCAAUGAAGGUAGCAUGGAGCAGUGCAAUAUUAUUAGAUUGUGGGCAAUUCGAGCCAGAUUCAAUGCUACCCUUGAGAUGGCUUCAUGUUCAGCAAAUGUCAUUUCUAUGGUGGAGAGAAUGCUACAAGAUAUCACCGUAUCAGUUGAGAAGGAAGUAAAGCUUAAUGACGUUCAUAUUGCAAACUCUCAAAUUGAAAGCCAAAUUAGUUCAAAUGCAAAUGUAGUAUUGAGAGAUGGCGAAGAAAUUUUAAUUCGUGAUCCUAGUGGCCCAGUCAAAACAAAGGGUCGUCCAAGAGGUGCUAGCAGGUACAAGUCAGGAAUUGAAGAGUCACAAUCGAAAAAGGAUGUAAAACAUCGAAAAUGUGGGAAUUGUCAACAAUUGGGUCACUAUAAGACUGGUUGCCCGAAAUUGGUAAGUUACUUGAGAAUUCAUCUUGUAAUAUUUAUUUUCCGUUCAAUUGAAUUAUUUUUUGUGCACAACUUAUGAA